UGUUGACUCAAUUCAAAGAUGAAAAACAAAUGUGCAUCCAAAACAUUCUUUGGCUUCAUAGAACAUUCUCCUCUAAAGGAAGCAAACAAGAAUCUCUUAGGCCUGAUCAAAUCAUAUCUCAAGUUAUUCUUUUCUUCCCUGUUCUUUUAGCUUUCUUGAGCUCAAAGCUUAGAACUGUUUGUCCCUUAUAAGGACCUCAAUGUAGCUUUCUAACUAUUACAAAUAAUACAAAAAUGCCUAAGUUAAUAUAUGACACAAAUGAACCACCGUCAUCCUCCUCGAGAUUCCAUGGCCGUCAGAGGUCUCUUGAGAGCCUCUUGGGUGGAGGAAGAGUGGCUCGCAUAUUGUUAUGGAGAAACAAGCAAUUAUCAGCUGGAAUUCUAGCUGGGGUAACACUGAUAUGGGUUCUUUUUGAGGUGGUGGAGUACCAUUUUCUUACUCUUUUGUGCCACCUCUUCAUCAUAACAAUGCUAAUCAUCUUCAUCUGGUCUAACGCCGCUCCUCUAUUUGACAGGGAGCCUCCAAGGAUUCCAGAUAUCAUCUUAUCUGAGAGUACUUUCAGAGACAUGGCAUUAUCAUUCCAUGCCAGAUUCAAUCAGUUCAUGUCCAUCCUACAUGAUAUUGCAUGUGGAAAGGAUCUCAAGAUGUUUCUCUUGGCAAUUCUUUCUCUGUGGAUAAUAUCGGUGAUAGGAAGUUGUUGCAGUGCACUAAACCUUCUAUACUUCGGUUUCUUAUGCCUUCACACACUGCCAGCACUAUAUGAACAAUAUGAGGGUGAAGUUGAUCAUAUUGCCAGCAAGGGAAGCCAAGAUCUGAAGAAAAUUUAUAACAAAUUUGAUACUAAAGUUCUUGACAAGAUCCCAAGAGCCUCGAAAGACAAAAGCAAAAAGGUUAAAUGAGCUCAUGUAGAAGAACCUCCUCUGAAGAAAACAGUACUUGUUCGAAUUAGGAGGAGAGCUCAUCUGAAAAUGUAAUGUAAUCUUAUUUAUACUCAAUGCACCUUACAUGUAAGUAUCCAGUACAGAAAAAGAAAGAUGUGUGCGUAUUGUUACCUCUCCAUGAAGGAACUAAUAGAGGGAUAAACUUUCAAGUUAUCAUACUACUGUAAUUCUUAAGUAUAAUAUACAUGAUUCUUAUUUCUUGCA